AUGCGUUUCUACGAAGCCGUCGUCCUCCUUAGCCCUCUCCUUCUCCCCUUGGCUUCUGCUGAGUGCUACAAUGACGAAAUCCGAAACACAAACACCCAACUAGCACACAAUAACAUUCGAAAUGUUGCCAAGUUCCUACAGGGCACGCUUGUGGGAAGACAGGAGCGUGGAACCUGCGUUACAGACACUGCAAACGGCAGCCAGUGGUACUUUGGCAUUCGGAGCAUGACGGACUCAGAGCAGCAAGUGACGGAGAACGAGAUCGACGCAUAUCUUACCCGAGAGGUAAAUGGUUGCAAGAAGCAUGGAGGAUUUCGCAGGGAGGGCAAUGUGGAAUACAAGUUGUUUGAGCGGGAUAAGACAAAGGAACAGCAGGAGGGACAAAGGUCUCCAGGCUUCUACGACAAGCUCUCAACCGGCCUUCCUCUAGUCUUCUGCGGCGAUCUCUCUCUCGCUGCAAGACAGAGAGAAGACAAAGAAACUCCCUAA